GUCGCUUUACGGCACCGAGUGGCUGAGGGGGAGCCGCCAGCAUGAAGCAGAAGAGGAAAGGAGAUCUCAGCCAUGCGGAGCUGAUGAUGAUGACGAUAGCUGACAUCAUAAAGCAAUUAAUUGAGGCUCAUGAGCAGGGAAAAGAUGUGAAUCUGAACAAGCUGAAAACCAAGACGUCAGCAAAGUAUGGGCUUUCAGCGCAGCCACGUUUGGUUGACAUCAUCGCGGCUGUUCCACCUCAGUACCGCAAGGUUCUGGUACCAAAGCUGAAGGCCAAGCCUAUAAGGACUGCUAGCGGGAUUGCUGUCGUGGCUGUGAUGUGUAAACCACACAGGUGUCCACACAUUAACUUUACAGGCAACAUAUGUGUAUACUGCCCAGGUGGACCCGAUUCUGAUUUUGAAUAUUCAACACAGUCUUACACUGGAUAUGAGCCAACGUCCAUGAGGGCCAUUCGGGCUAGAUAUGACCCCUAUCUCCAGACAAGACACAGAGUGGAACAGCUGAAGCAGUUGGGCCACAGCGUGGAUAAAGUAGAGUUUAUUGUGAUGGGUGGAACAUUUAUGGCCCUGCCUGAAGACUACAGAGAUUACUUCAUCAGAAACCUUCACGAUGCCUUGUCAGGUCACACUUCCAAUAAUGUAGCAGAGGCUGUCAAGUAUUCAGAACGAAGCCUGACAAAAUGCGUUGGGAUAACAAUAGAGACCAGACCAGAUUACUGCCUGAAGCGGCAUUUAAGUGACAUGUUAUCCUACGGCUGUACGAGGCUGGAGAUCGGAGUGCAGAGCGUGUAUGAGGAUGUGGCCAGGGACACCAACAGAGGUCACACUGUGAAGGCUGUGUGCGAGUCUUUUCACUUAGCCAAGGAUGCCGGGUUUAAAGUAGUGGCGCACAUGAUGCCUGAUCUACCAAACAUGGGGCUUGAAAGAGACAUGGACCAGUUUGUUGAGUUUUUUGAGAAUCCUGCUUUUCGCCCAGACGGCAUGAAGCUGUAUCCGACACUAGUGAUCCGUGGCACUGGUCUGUAUGAGCUCUGGAAGACUGGAAGAUACAAGAGCUACCCCCCCAGCACUCUUGUGGAUCUGGUGGCCAGAAUCCUGGCCCUCGUCCCACCAUGGACACGUGUGUACCGUGUUCAGAGAGAUAUCCCAAUGCCACUAGUCAGCUCUGGAGUGGAGCACGGGAACCUGAGAGAGCUUGCCUUGGCCAGGAUGAAAGAUCUUGGGACACAGUGUCGUGAUGUAAGGACAAGAGAGGUUGGAAUUCAAGAAAUUCACCAUAAAGUGAGACCAUAUCAGAUUGAAUUAGUUAGAAGAGAUUAUGUGGCUAAUGGUGGCUGGGAGACCUUCCUGUCCUAUGAAGAUCCAGAGCAGGAUAUUCUUGUUGGCCUCCUACGACUGCGGAAGUGUUCAGAAGAGUCAUUCAGACCUGAGCUGAAAGGAGGCGUUUCCAUUGUCCGGGAAUUGCACGUGUAUGGGAGCGUUGUCCCCGUGAGCAGUCGGGAUCCUUCAAAAUUUCAGCACCAGGGAUUUGGUAUGUUACUAAUGGAAGAGGCAGAAAGAAUAGCCAAGGAGGAGCAUGGGUCAUGGAAAAUUGCUGUAAUUUCAGGUGUUGGCACAAGGAACUACUACAGGAAGAUUGGCUACGAGCUGGAAGGGCCUUACAUGGUGAAAAAGCUGGACUGAUGCCCCAGGAGGUCCUCAGCCCAACCAGCUGCUGGGAGGAGAGGAGAGGGGACAAGACUCAUCCUGGAGAGAAAGCUCAAGAUGACAGACGUAAGCUAAAAACCAAAGCCUGCCAACCGCGAAGGACUUUCUUAUGCCAGAACCCAUGGCAGCAAAUAGGGCAUCUCCUCUGGGGAGAGCAGUUCUGAGACCUGCCCGUUGCCCCAGAAGAGGUUGGGGACGAUUCUCGUGUCUUGUUACCUGCGUAAGCCCGCCGCGUCUCCGGGACGGGCUCUGAUGCAUUGCAAUAGAGGACUGAAGUGUAGGUGAACUGAAAGCUCUGAAUUUGGGGACCCUAUUGAACAGCCUAGUGGGGAAAAACAUCUAUUAUUUCUAUGAUGCUGUCAGCGGGCUUUUAAUGUUUCAGCGUUUAAAUUGCGUGUGUUAUUCUGCAACAUGAAUUAAUUCUUUCUCUGUGCGUAUUUAUUUAUGGUGGGCUUGGCUGCUGUCUGUCCAUCCCAAGCGAUGCCGUUUGAUCCUUUUACAGUAGGAGACCAUGAGGAUUGGAAGCCAUUACCUUGCUAGCGGUAGGAAUUGAGAUUAAAACUUAAACUGAAUCCCUGCAGGGACACACAGCCAUGGAGUAACUGAGGUUAGAAGGGACCUCUGAGGUCUCUAGUCCAGCCCCACUCAAAGCCGGUCCAGUUAGAUCAGGGUGGCGAUGCUUGAGUAUCUCUAAGGAUGGAGAUAUUCAGUGGAUUUGGAUGGAGAGUCCACAGCGUAUAGGUCCCUGUUCCAAUAUUUGAUCGCCCAUAUGUUGCAAAAGUUUUUCCUAACAUCUGAUUGUGUUUCAACUUGUGCCUGUUGCCUCCUGGCCUGUCGCUGUGCACCUCUGGGAAAAGUCUGCUUCUAGUCUCCAAGCUUCUCCUCGCAUAUUGCAUUACUCCAGUGCUGUAACCAUCCUCGUGGUCUCUGCUCCAGCUGGUUGGUCUGUAUUUCCAGCACCAGAUCUGCCGCUUUCCCAGCCCAUAACCCAUUGAUUUGGGCACGAGGAUGCUGUGUGACAGCACCAUCAGCGGCCUCGGUAAGGUCAUGGUGUACAACGUCCACGUCCUUCCCUUAUCCGUACUGCCGUCAUCUCAUCACAGAAGGCAGUCGGGUUGCCCAGACACAAUCUGCCCAUGGGAGAUCCCUCCUGGCUGUUCCCAGCUCUCCCACUCUCCAUCCCCUGGCAGGAAAGAGCUUUGGGGAGGGUUUGGUCCCUACCUCUCCCAGCACGGAGGUGAGGCUGACUGCCCUGUAGCUCCUUAGAUCCUCCUCCUGGUCCUCCUUGGAGAUGGGUGCGAUGGUUGCCUUUUCCGGGCAUUGGGAUUCCUAUCAGGAAUGAUAGAAUUAAAGCUUCUUUUUGUAAAUGGAGUGAGAUGGGAUGUGAGAGCAAGCUGUGACCCUGAGUGAAGAGCUCAGCACCUUCCUCACCUCUCCCCAGCCCUUUGGUGAGGUGGGGACAGCCCAGGACACGCAGGGCAGGUGGGUGUCCUUUGAAGUCAGCGAUUCAGGGUUUUCAAAAGCAGUGUGCCUGGUGCUGCCCGCUUGACUUAACAAAAUCAGAAGGGAGUGGCCGGAGCUCUGACCUCCUCCGCUUCUUUUUCACAGUAUGUCAAUCAAAAAUAGGGUUGAAAUCCAGAGUAGCGGCUUGUAGAGAUGUUUUGUAGUUGACAUUUUGGGUGUUACUUUAAUAAAUGACUCUGUCAGGAGCCUUCUGGAAACUUCGCCAAUAAUGAGUGUUCGGACACACGUGAUUAACUCUGAGGAGGAGCGGCUCCGGGAGGAAAGCUCUCGUGGCGGCGGUGCCAUGCCACGCAGUAAAUGCGAU